AUGGUGUCUUCCGCUGCAGUGCUGAGAGGAGGAAAAGAACCUGUAUACAUGAAUCAUCUGUGCGUGUGUGUACGCGCGCGGGCGCGCGUGUGCGCGCGAGCACUAGCUUGUCUGAGGCAGCCUUCAGUAAAUGACUGGUUAGGAGAUGGGGAAGGUUGGGGUAUAAAUCUCUGUUACUCUUCCGGUCCCCUUUUGCUGAGGACCAGUCCGUUAGAGAAAGAAGAGAGGUUCCGAGGGAGGGUGCCAGAGGCCAGAGACUCCAGCUGCGAGGCUAAGGGUCGGGAAAGGGUGCGUGGGGGGCGGGAAGAGGAGGAGGGAGGGAGAGAGAGAGAGAGAGAGAGAGAGAGAGAGAGAGAGAGAGAGAGAGUUGCAUUGCAUGGGAACGCUUUGAAUUUCGGAUUUCAGUUCCAUCUACGCUGCAGCUCAGACCACUGCAACCCCAUGAUUGCGCUAAGCAUAAGCGACAGUAGCCGGGCCCGGAGACAGACUUGGAGAGGGACGAUGGCAAUAUUGGCGUGUAAGUGUCCCCGGACCCGGCUGCCAAUGGGAGCUAGUGCCUUGGGCGUCUUUGUUCUCUGCUGGCUUUACGUCUUCCCAGUGUACCGGCUGCCCAACGAGAAGGAGAUUGUGAACGGAGUUCUGCAGCAGGGCAAGGCAUGGAGGAGAAACCAGACUGCAGCCAGAGACUUCAGGAAAGAAAUGGAAAACUGCUGUGACCCAGCCAAUCUCUUUGCUAUGACUAAACAAAAUUCUCCUUUGGGGAAGAGCAUGCGAUAUGAUGGGGAAUUAUUGUACUCUUUCACCAUUGACAAUUCAACUUACUCCCUCCUCCCCCAGGCUACUCCAUUCCAGCUGCCAUUGAAGAAGUGCUCAGUGGUGGGAAAUGGUGGAAUUCUGAAGAAAAGUGUCUGUGGCCGACAAAUAGAUGAAGCAAAUUUUGUCAUGCGAUGCAAUCUUCCUCCUCUGUCGAGUGAAUACAACAAAGAUGUUGGAUCCAAAACCCAUUUGGUGACAGCUAAUCCCAGCAUAAUCCGUAAAAGAUUCCAGAACUUGCUUUGGUCCCGAAAGACAUUUGUUGACGACAUGAAAGUAUAUAACCACAGCUACAUCUACAUGCCUGCUUUUUCUAUGAAAACAGGGACCGAGCCAUCUCUCCGUGUUUAUUAUACAUUGGCAGAUGUGGGCGCCAAUCAAACAGUGCUUUUUGCUAAUCCCAACUUUCUUCGCAGCAUCGGCAAAUUCUGGAAAAGUAGAGGAAUUCACGCCAAGCGCUUAUCGACAGGUCUCUUUCUUGUCAGUGCUGCCCUGGGCUUGUGUGAAGAAGUGACCAUCUUUGGCUUCUGGCCUUUCUCGGUGGACCUGCGCGAGCAAUCUAUUAGUCAUCACUACUAUGACAACGAGCUGCCUUAUUCAGGCUUCCAUGCUAUGCCGGAGGAGUUCCUUCAGCUUUGGUAUCUUCAUAAAAUGGGAGUGCUAAAAAUGCAGCUAGAACCAUGCGAAGACACCUCAGUCCAACCCACUUCCUAAGGACCCAACGCCAUGGUUUUAGUUCUCAUGUGUGAAUAUGCAGAAGCAAAAACAUGCAGAAUUAUUUAUGGAUUCCCAGAGGUCACUUAAGGCAGAAGAAACAAAAUGCCACGGUUUGAGCAUUGAUUUUGAGGCUUAACAGGAAAUAAGUCUUUCUGCAAAAUAUUUUGUAGUUUACUGUGGGGUUUUUUGGGGGAUUUUUUUUUUGGCCAGCAAAACUCUGGAAGUAAAUUCUUGGGAAAGAAACAAAGCAGCUCUUGGCACGGAUCAAGUUCAGACAGUAUCAUUCAAAACAGACCUUAAUAAUUUAGUAUGAGAACUAAUAAUGGAAAUUUGGGAAAUGGGAAGAAGGAAUUUUAGUGGUGAUUGGCCAGUAACACUGACUGUAUGGAAAU